AUGGGAAAUGCCAAGCCAAUUGAAACUCUAAUUAGAACAAGUUCCAAGAUGGAUAAUGAUGAAUUUGCUCCCUUAGUUAAUGAGACCAUGUCUAGAGGGAUUAUUGGAUCCUUACUAUAUCUCAGUACAAGCAGGCCAGACAUUAUGUUUGGUGUGGGAAUAUGUACGAGAUUUCAGGCCUCUCCUAAAGAGUCUUAUUUGAAAGCUACAAAAAGAAUUCUUAGGCAUCUGAAAGGUACAAGGGACCUGAUCCUGUAUUAUCCUUCUAGAGAUCAUUUUGAUCUGAUAGGAUAUGAAAAUGCUGAUUAUGCUAGAUAUCUGGUGAAUAGAAAAAGUACCUUAGGAAUGGAUGACUUUCUAGGUUCUUCCUUAAUCUAUUGGGGUUCUAAGAAGGAAAAUUCAGUUGAUUUAUAUACUGCUGAAGCUGAGUCUGUGAUUGCAGCAUCUUAUUGUGCUCAAUUGUUAGGGAUCAAGCAAUAA